CAGACUCGGUAAGUGGGAAGCUCUUGGAGGCGGUGACCCAGGCAUCUGGGGAGCCACUGAUGUCGUAUUCUCUUAAACCCUACUUUGCUCCCCCUGUGGACAUGACCCCUUAGAUGGCAUUUUGCAUCCCAGUUGUUUUGUGAUGGAGGCGUCUUUGGGGAUUCAGAUGGAUGAACCAAUGGCUUGUUCACCCCUGUGUGACCGAUUUCAGGAGGAAGGCUCGUUUAAAAAUCAUGAGCAGAAUUUUAAACUACCAGCACAGUGUCUGGGACAGGCAUUUAAUAAAUGUUUGAUAAAUAGAAGAGUUCCAGUUGACUGUGUAUUUUUCCUGAAAGGUGUUAAAAAAGAUAUUGAGAAACUUUAUGAAGCUGUACCUCAGCUUGGCAAUGUGUUUAAGAUUAAGGACAAAAUUGGAGAAGGCACUUUUAGUUCUGUUUAUUUGGCCACAGCACAGUUACAAGUAGGACCAGAAGAGAAAAUUGCUCUAAAACACCUAAUUCCAACAAGUCAUCCUGUAAGGAUUGCAGCUGAACUUCAGUGCUUAACGGUGGCUGGGGGGCAAGACAACGUCAUGGGAGUUAAAUACUGCUUUAGGAAGAACGAUCAUGUAGUUAUUGCUAUGCCGUAUCUGGAGCAUGAGUCCUUUUUGGAUAUUUUGAAUUCUCUGUCCUUUCAAGAAGUACGGGAAUACAUGUUUAACCUAUUCAAAGCUUUGAAACGUGUUCAUCAGUUUGGUAUUGUUCACCGUGAUGUUAAACCCAGCAAUUUUUUAUAUAAUAGGCACCUAAAAAAGUAUGCCUUGGUAGACUUUGGUUUGGCCCAAGGAACCCAUGAUACAAAAAUAGAACUUCUCAAAUUUGUCCAGUCUGAGGCUCAGCAGGGAAGUUGUUCACAAAAUAAAUCCCACGUCACAGGAAACAAGAUUUCAUUGAGUGGCCCAGGAGCACCUAAGGAGCUGGAUCAGCAGCCCACCACAAAAACUUCUGUUAAAAGGCCCUACACAAAUGCACAAAUUCAGAUUAAACAAGGACAAAAUGGAAAGGAGGGAUCUGUAGGCCUUUCUGUCCAGCGCUCUGUUUUUGGAGAAAGAAAUUUCAAUAUACACAGCUCCAUUUCACAUGAGAGCCCUGCAGUGAAACUUAUGAAGCAGUCAAAGUCUGUGGAUGUGCUGUCUAGAAAGUUAGCAACGAAAAAGAAGACCAUUUCUACGAAAGUUACGAAUAGUGGUGUGAUGAGGAAAACUGCCAGUUCUUGCCCAGCUAGCCUGACCUGUGAUUGUUAUGCAACAGAUAAAGUUUGCAGUAUUUGUCUUUCAAGGUGGCAGCAGGUUGCUCCUAGGGCUGGCACUCCAGGAUUCAGAGCACCAGAGGUCCUGACAAAGUGCCCCAAUCAGACCACAGCAAUUGACAUGUGGUCUGCAGGUGUCAUAUUCCUUUCUUUACUUAGUGGGCGAUACCCAUUUUAUAAAGCAAGUGAUGAUUUAACUGCUUUGGCUCAAAUUAUGACAAUUCGUGGAUCCAGGGAAACUAUCCAGGCUGCUAAAACUUUUGGCAAGUCAAUAUUGUGUAGCAAAGAAGUUCCAGCACAAGACUUGAGAAAACUCUGUGAGAAGCUCAGAGGCAUAGAUUCUAACACUCCCAAGUUAACAAAUGAUGUUAAAGGGCCUGCUUCUAAUGACCCAACUUUUUCAGAGAAGACUGACCACAAAGCUGCUCACCUCAUACAAACACCUCAGGCACAGCUCUCAGGGAAUUCAUUGUAUGAAGGGGACAGUAAUGGUGGCUGUGGGGGUCGUUUUACCACGUACACAACCAGCUUAGAAGGCUGGGAUGAGGUACCUGAUGAAGCUUAUGACCUGCUUGAUAAACUUUUAGAUCUAAAUCCAGCUUCAAGAAUAACAGCAGAAGAGGCUUUGUUGCAUCCUUUUUUUAAAGGUAUCAGCUUGUGACUAUCGUUCUUCAUUUAAGAUUGCUGAUGUGUAUUGUGAGGUGGGAUGAAAAAGUUAUUUGUAAAGCCAUGAAUUCUUGACGAGACUAGGGCAGGAUGAAUAUUUUCAAAUUUUAGUAUUUGUGCUUGUGACAGAUUCUAAAAUAUGGAUUAAGAUUAUUUAAGAUCCCUGGGCUAAUUCUUUGGACUAAUAACGUGAUCUUUGAGUUAGAUCUACCCAAGUAGAAUCAGAUCUUUUGUUUCCCUAAUUACUUGUCACUCUGCCAUAUGCAGAAAAAGGAGCAGUUGUGGUCUAGUACAUAGUGGUUCAAAGUACAGAUCCUAAAAUUAAUGGAUGUGAUAGAGAUUAAAUGAGUCAAAAAACAUACUUUAUUGGUUUCUUUGAACUGUGUUUUCUUUUGUAAAACUCAACCUGGUGCUGGUGCUCUAAUUAUCCAGUAAGUAAAGAUAAUUUCCUCUUCUAGAGGCAUGUAUUAAUACCUCUUAUGAACACUAAGACAGUGAAAAAAUGCGGGGUUGAGGGUAAUAUUGCUUAAAAUUGAAUUUAAUGUAUCCAUUGUUGAAAGCAUUUUGUGAAGGCAUUUUUUUGUGUGAAUUGCCAUGUUCUUCUUAAUGGAUUCUCUCUUGAUUUUUUGGCCUUCUCUACUGCCACCCAGCACAGUCUCCUUGGAAAAAAUACAGUGUUUCCCACAAAGUUUCUGGGUACUUGGUUAAAUAUUGCAUGUGUUUACAGGUGGGAACUUAAAACAGUGCAUAAUAACCUGGUUGAUAAAAGGGGCAAGCUGUAGGACCAAGGUGAAGAUUGGAUAGUCCAAAAUGCUUUUAUUUUUCUUUGAAUGUCUGUUUUUUUCACACCAUCUGAGGUAUAAUUAGGUAGCUGCUAAAAAGGGAAAAUGAACACAGAAUCUAGAAUAUUAUUGGAGAUUUUUUUUCCUCUGCCUAGAGCCACCUAGUUCUCCCUAAAUACCUUGUUUUGACUAAGUUGGUCUUGCUAAGAGAAGGUUGAUUACUGUACUCUUGAAGAGUCUUGGGUGAGUUGAGAAGAAAGUUAAUGAAGUAGGCACCAUAGAAAAGGACCAGAGAGAGAGGCAUGUGUAUUGUUACUGCCUACCAAAAUGAUGCAUAUCAGACUUCCGUGGGACGUAAGUUGGGGUGUAGGUCUGCUAAGAAGUUUCCCAUUUAGUAGUCAGAAUACAGAAACAGCUUCAAGACAUACACUAUUCUUUUUGUUAUUUUGAGCACUGAAGUCAGUAUGUCUACCUAUUCUACUUGGCAAAUAUAAUAUACAUAUAUAUAUACCAUUUCAAUUGAUCUGUUCUGUCUUCUCAUGUUGUAAUCUUUAAAAAAAAACUAGAAUGUUCUUGAAUUUGUUUAAUAAAGUUACCCUUUUAUAUUU